CAUGGGAAGCUGAAAUUGCACUAAGAAGUCACUGGAAGUAGAAUUAGAAGUACCUCCACGCCCAAAGAGAUUCCUCGAGAACAAAUUUAGUCAAGAUAAGGAUUUAGGAAAAGACUUAGCCCCUGGACAUUCAUUGUUCUCUGAUUAUGAUCCGAAUGACCAGCUAAAGAAGACAUUACAGGAGUUAUAUACUAUUGUGAAAAGGUGUCAGAUCAUUCUUGAGGAGUACCAGUCAUACCAUUCUGGCUCGUAUCCUCUCAGUCUGCACCAAAUCUCUAGGCUAAUCUGACAAAUAGAUUCUGCAUUCAAAAUGAACCAGUACUGGAUAUGGUUCAUGUUGGAAUAUGAAGAAGAUACAAUAGUUGGGAAUGCAUUCAACCAUCUCAGAUCACAAUUCUAUUGACUACAAUCAAAACUAAUCCUUAUAAGCGAGGCUUCAGAGGAUCAACAAACAAAUAAGAUUACUCCAAAGGAGGGUCAUAAGGAAAUGGAUGGGAAGCAAGGAAGAAAAUUAAAAGCAACGAAAUAUCUAAAUUUCAGUUGCUCGAAUACCCGAAGAAGCCAAGAAAACUCUAGUUUAAACUUAACUCUAACUGUAGAGACUCUUUACAGGUUGAGCUGCAAUGGGCUCAGUCAGAAAAUUUAUAAAGAUUCAUUUGAAAAUCUUAAUGAUCUCGAUUUUAGCUGAUGGUUUGACUUUUGAGUCAAACCAGGAGAAGAACUCAGUGUGAAUCAUGGUAAUCAUAAAGGAUCUACCUUCUCCAAAAAAGCCCUAAAAGUUGCUCUGCCCUGGUUCAAAGAUGUCACUGUCGAGACUGAUUUUAAAUCCUUGAAAUCAUUCUAUAAAUUUGCAGCCCAUUUGUCAUCUUGCAACGGUGUUAAGCAUCUGGAAUUAGUAGCUUUAAACAUAACGGAGAUCGGCCUCUAUUUACCCCAAAUUGUUAAGACAUGUGCUCGUGCUCAGAAGGGAGUCUGCCUUAGUAGGUUUAACUUCAAUGAAACCCAAUUUAAAAAGUUCCUCAUGGGGUGUAGACACCAUGAGGAAGUAGACUUUGCAUGGUGCAAAUUUGAUAUUCCAAGAGUGCCUGAUUUGAGCACGUGAAUGAAAGGAACACUUAUUAAGAAAAUUUGGCUUUGAUUUUGAGAUAAAAAUUAUGAGUUGAGCAAAUAUUCAAAAACGAUGGAGAAUUUGAUAAAAGGAAUUUCUGUCUGUGACCUUAAAGAGUCUCUUAGAGAAGUAGAGAUUUUGGAUUUCACAGAAAAAGGCUAUUAUAAUUCGAUCUUUGAGAAAUAUGGUCUUGGCCAUGUUGUAAAUAAUAGUUCUUGGAGCGAAAUUUAAUUAAUCAGGUUUAAAAAUGAAUUCAAUAACGA